CCAACCGGAUUCCAGAUCAAAUCCCAACAGAGCGAAGUAACCAGAAUCCUCGAUGGGAAAAACAUCAAGUACGAGCUGGUGGAUAUCUCCCAGGACAAUGCUCUCCGGGAGGAGAUGAGGGCGAAGGCAGGCAACCCCAAAGCCAUCCCACCCCAGAUCGUCAACGGAGACCACUACUGCGGGGAUUACGAGCUCUUUGUGGAAGCUGUGGAGCAAAACACCCUGCAAGAGUUCCUGAAGCUGGCCUGAGCCCCAGGCUCCCCUCCUGUCCUGGACUCUACCUGCAUUCCUGAGCAUCCUCAUCUCUGACCACCUUCACUUCCAGGUUGUCAGCACUAUCCUGGCACCACGACCUGUAUCCCAGCGUAGGGAAACCCACGACCAAACCUACUCAUUGCUGCUGCCUACGAUCCCCUCCUGCCUGACCCCGAUAUCAUCUCAGAGGGAUCCAAAGAAAGUCUGACGCUCGCUGCGCAUGGCCUUUGAACAAAGCUGGGCCUGGCUCACACCGCAGCUUCCAGUGCCUCUGUAAACAGCAAAGCCUCUGGGGCUGUGUGAAGUGCAGCCGCCCGUCAGCCCUCUCUCCUGCUUCAGGAGGGAAGGGCUUAGGGUUGCAUGUUACUUCCCACUUCUCCCAGUUGCUGUUAAAAUUGUAAAUCCUGCUGCCUCACUUCCUUUAUU